AUGGCUUUCUUAAAAGUUGCUUUUGGUUUCCUACUAACAGCUUUCGUCUCCGCCACACUCUCCCUGGCUUACCCUGGUAUGGGUUUUGGCUGGGGGGGCGGUGGUGUCCCAGGCGGCCAAUUUGGUCCUCCCUCCUAUGGCCUUUACCCGCAGUUCUAUCAGUUUUCAUGCCCUCAAGCUGAGGAUAUUGUCAUGUCAGUGCUGGAGAAGGCAAUUGCUAACGAGCCUAGGAUGGCUGCCUCCUUGCUAAGGCUUCAUUUCCACGAUUGUUUUGUGCAGGGCUGCGAUGCAUCCGUAUUGUUAGACGAUAGUGCGACUAUAGUCAGUGAAAAGAACUCAUUACCAAACAGGAACUCCAUUAGAGGGUUUGAAGUGAUUGAUGAGAUCAAGGCUAAGCUAGAAGAAGCAUGUCCUCAAACUGUUUCUUGCGCUGACAUACUUGCUAUGGCUGCUCGUGGCUCCACUGUAUUGAGCGGUGGACCAUCUUGGGAGCUUCCACUGGGAAGGAGGGACUCAAAGACGGCUAGCCUCAGCACCUCAAACAACAACAUCCCACCACCAAAUUCUACUCUUCAGAACCUGAUAACACUUUUCCAGCGUCAAGGUCUUGAUGAAGUGGACCUCGUCGCACUCUCAGGAGGACAUACCAUUGGGGUAGCAAGGUGUGUGACCUUCAAGCAGAGGCUAUACAACCAAAAUGGAAACAACCUGCCAGAUGAGACAUUAGAAAAAACCUACUACUAUGGCUUGAAAUCUGUCUGUCCGAGCUCUGGUGGUGACAACAACAUUUCACCUUUGGAUUUUGGGUCCCCAGUAAAAUUUGAUAACCUUUACUUCAAGCUUAUUCUGUGGGGAAAAGGACUACUCAAUUCGGAUGAAGUGCUUUUGACAGGGAAUGUUGGAAAUACCAUGGAAUUGGUUAAAGCUUAUGCAGAGGAUGAGAAUCUCUUCUUUGAACAAUUUGCCAAGUCAAUGAUUAAGAUGGGGAGCAUCAGUCCUCUAACUGGAUUUAAUGGUGAAGUUAGGAAGAAUUGUCGCUUAGUUAACUAA